AUGUAUAAAUUUGUAGCCAUUGUUUUAAGCUCGGUGCUAAUUGCUUAUGUUUUGGCUCGUCCUGCUCAUGAACAUUUCUCGUUAGACGCUUCGACGAGUAGUACAACAACGCCCGCUACGAUUAUCAAACAAAUCGAUAUCACAAAUCCUGAUGGCAGUUUUAAUAGCAGUUAUGAAACCUCGAAUGGAAUUCUAGUGGAAAAUAUUGGUUAUAUGAAAAAGAUUCUAGUGCCGCAACAAGUGGACGAGGAUGGACAUGUGAUUGAUGAACAUGAAGAGACUAUAUUGGUACAAAGAGGCUUCUUCCGAUACAUGGAUCCUGAAGGUAAGGAAGUAGAGCUCAGAUAUACAGCCGAUGAAAACGGUUUUCAACCCCAAGGCGAUCAUCUACCGAAAGCACCUCAAUGA